UUGGCAGGGACGCUGUCACUUUCUGGUAAAGUUUUUGGGCUAGUCACUGUAGAAUUAACAUCAGACAAAAACCGACGAUUCUAGGCAGUCAUGGGUGGGUUGACGCAGGGCGCCUGACUUAACACACAGGAAAGGCAUGUUACAGAAGUUUGAGAAAAGACAUUAACCUCCCGUAGUAAGGUUUCAUAAGUAAAGCAUAGCAUGGUCAUGUGGUUAUUUGUCGGAUACUAACCCCCUCCAAAAACUGUCUGUGGUUCAGAAGAUAAUUAUAGGUGGUCAACUGUUUUUUUCAAUAAGCGGGAACUAGAAGGGGGAGCUUGUUUGGGUAGAAACGAGAUUGAAAGUGGAAAAUCUGAGAUUCGUUUGAAACGGUGAGAAGAGUCCCACUUAAGCCUGCGGUAACAACUUUUAACGGGAUUGCUUCACGUGGGCUGGGGCAACAAAGUUGUACGUAGACGUGAGACCUGGACAUUCGUAAAUUAGGUUUGUUUAUGGACAUUUGAGCAAAGUUAUAAUUUAAAAAUAAUACGGAGAUAAUAUUUUUCUCGUUCCUACCUGUUGAGCUAGUUGAUUUUAUCCAGCCAGUCGGACUUAAAGCAAGGCUAACUGAUUUGUUUCUCGUACCUGGUUGGCAUGUUGCUGUGCUCACAGGAAUUUGCGAUUUUCCCAUUUUAAAGCAAUGUAGGUAGAUAUACCUCUCAACUUGCAGCUAAGUACGAAUGUGGUAGCACCCGUCCCGAUACGAAAAACAACAAUAAAGAUCACGCUAGAGUUAAAUAAUGCGUAUCAGAUCGGCAGAACUGCAAACACAUUAAGUUGUCAUGAAGCUGGAUUCCUGAAUUCAGACGUUUUUGUUUAGUCAGUCUAAAGCAAGCCCCCUCCUCUUCAUAAUCCACGUGGACUAAGUUUUCCAUCAGGAUGUUCACUGCAGUUUGUUGUAAGGUACACCCCCAUUUUUCGAGUCCGUAGUUUGUAAGGUGACUGUGGGGUCCUCACCUGCUAUCAAGCGGAUGUAGUUCUCUUCUCCGACCAAAAAUAAGCUUUUAAUUCUUGAUCAGUAAAAUUAAGAUGAAGUUUAUGGAUUGAACCCUGACUGCUACAUGUAGAAUACGUGAGAGUGUAAUAAGUGCUCCACUUCUGGAGAGACUGAGACAAAUUCUACUACUUCAUUUUCCAUGGGACAUUAUUGAUUUUUUUUUUGUGUGUGUUCUCGGAAGGUGUGGAAACAGCCCCAUCCCGAGUAUCACUGCUAGAAAAUGGAACUUGAGGUGGCGUGUGGAUUUUUUUACUGGCUGCUGUUACCCCUUUCUCUCCUGUCUGCUUGCCUGUUUAGGUACACUGCCUUUUCAUUAGUAUAUCUUCUGUUCCUGCUGCUAUUACCAUGGUUCUGGGGUCCCAAUGAACGCAGCAUACAGAGUCACACUGGCCGUUUAAUCCAAGCACUCCUGGCAAUUAGCAUUAUAUUUGUUUGCGCACACAUAGCAUUCCAGACGUGUCUCUAUGUAGUGCCAGAGUUUGAUGCAAUCUUAGGAUACAACUGCAGUACAUGGGAAAUACUAUCAAGACAUAUAGGUGUCAUAAGGUUGGACCUGGAUGAUAUUCCCAACAGUGCACGAUAUGUUGCUCCGGAUCUUGGUAUCUUCCUUUUAUCUACUAUUACACUAGCACUUUGUAACAAACUGAAAGUGAAGAAGACUGUAAAAGGGUCUGGAACAGAAGAACUCCUUGUACAGGAAGGUGAUGAUGAUGGAGACCCACCAGAGAGUGAAGAUCUAAAUGAUGAAGAUGUAGAAUAUCCUGAAGGGGAAGAGCCAUACAAGAAGCCAAGCAGAUUCACUGCAAGGAUGGCUAAGCUGCGGACAGUUGCUCAAAAAUUGUUAAAGGCCAUGGGGAAGACCUUAGCUAUAGUGCUGCUGGCACUUGCAGGAAUCACUGUCCCAUCAGCCUUUUCUGGGGUUUAUUUCAUCCUGUUUAUUGGGAUUUGCACAUGGUGGGCUUGCCACUUACCAUUAAGCCACAUUGGCUUUAAUACCAUCUGCGUCAUGGUGAGCUUCUUUGCAGCAGGCCACUUGAUUUGUCUUUAUGUCUAUCAGACACUGUAUGGUCAAGAAGUCUUUCCGUCAGACAGCUUAUGGGCCAGGUUGUUCGGCUUAAAGGAGAUCAUUAUAAUUCCAAGUAACUGUACAAAGGCCAAUAAACUAAUUCUAAAUGAGAACCAUGAAUGGCCAGUGUACGUGAACCCUGGUAUUCUGCUGCUGCUGUAUUUCACUGUGACAUCUUUGCUGAAAAUGAGGAAUUCUGAUUCUAGUGAAAGUAUUAAGAAACUGGAUGCUACAUCACCAUAUGAACCUGCUGCCUCCAGUAGCAAUGGAAAGGAGGAAGUGGAACUGUCGGCCCUGGAAGGCAGCACCAGGAAAGGAUGCACCGAUGGAGAUGAGACUAAGUCAAUGCUGUCUUCACCCAUUGAGAUCCAGGAAGAUGGAACAGAUGACUGCAAUGUCCACGUCACUAAUGGAUCUUCUCAUAAAGAUACAGCAGAACUUGAGACCAAGGAUCCUGCAGGCAGCACACAGACAUCUCCAUUGCAAAUGUUGGGUCAUGUCAUCUUAAAGCAGAGCUACAUUUGUGUGCUGAUUACAAUGAUGGUAUGGAGUAUCACCUAUCACAGCUGGCUGACAUUUGUUCUGCUUCUUUGGUCCUGCCUCAUUUGGAUCCUGCGGAAUCGACGGACAUUUGCCUUGCUGUGUUCUCCAUUCAUCCUUCUAUACGGGAUCUCUCUCUGCUGCUUGCAAUAUGUUUGGGGAAUGGACCUGGAACCAGAGCUCCCUGUGAGACUAGGUUUCAUGAGCCUGCAGCAAUUAGGUCUUCUUCAUAGACCUUACCCUUGUCUCCACCUUGGUGCCAUGGUAAUAUACAGUACAUUUUUCAUUCUAGCAGUUCAAUACAACUUAAGUUUCAUUUCCAGUGGUAUCCUUCAGCAGGCAGAGCAGUUGGAAGAUCUUGGACUAGAACAAUUCAGUGUGUCUGAGCUUUUCACCAGCAUUCUGAUUCCAGGUUUCUUCCUGUUAGCCUGUAUUCUGCAGCUGCAUUACUUUCACAGACGGUUUAUGAAGAUAACAGAUUUGGAGGUGCAACAAUUUAAAGAUAGGCAUCAGUCACGCAGAAAAGCAAGGGUUCAUGAAAGUCAGUGUGAGAGAUCAGCAAGCAUUACUGAAAUAGAAGAUGACGAAGUGUUACGUGAAGUAUCUGAGCUAGAAGCUGUUGAUUCUGAAGAUGAAGCAGUCCCUAGCAAGUGGGGUUUGGUUGUGGACAGACUCCUGGUUCUACUGAAAAAGUUCUUUGCGGCCCUUAACAUCAUCGAGACGUUCCUGUGGCGGCUAUUAGAACUGCAUGUUGUCAAGCUGGUAGCCAUCUGUGCCGUCUGGGUGGCCUUGCUGGAGGUUUCUGUCAUGAAUUUUGUGCUAGUGGUACUCUGGGCAUUUGCCAUGCCAUGUUUCCGGUUCCGUCCAAUAGCAUCUUGCCUGUCUACUGUCUGGUGCUGCAUCAUGAUUGUUUGCAAAAUGUUGUAUCAGCUGAAAAUUGUUGACCCAUUUGAGUAUUCGAGCAACUGCACAAAACCUAAUAGUACCAACCUACGAAUAAAUGAAAUCGAUAAUUCUACCCUGUACAAGCAGCCCGUGGACCCUGCCAACUGGUUUGGAUUCAGGAAGGGUUUUCCCAUUUUAGGUUAUAUGCAGAAUCAUCUUUUAGUGCUACUGCUGUUGGCUUUUGAGGUAACAGUUUACCGCCAUCAAGAACAUUACCGCAGAAGUCACAGGCUUGUGCCACCAGCAACACAAACCAUUUUUGAAGAUGUUUCCCGAGAAAAGAUGGAUCAAGGAGUUGUAAUUUGUGCCAAGUACUUGAUCAACUACUUUUUCUACAAAUUUGGGCUAGAGGUUUGUUUCCUAAUGACAGUGAAUGUAAUUGGACAAAGGAUGAAUUUCAUGGUGAUCUUCCAUGGCUGUUGGCUAAUGGUGAUCAUGUUACGACGGAGGCGAGAAGCUAUUGCAAAAUUGUGGCCCAAGUACUGCUGCUUUUUAGUAUUCUUCCUACUUUAUCAGUACCUGCUAUGUGUGGGGAUUCCUCCUGCACUGUGCAUUGAUUAUCCCUGGAGAUGGGAGAGUUUCUUUAUGCCUAUCAACUCAGCUUUGAUUAAAUGGAUGUACUUUCCUGACUACUUCAUCCCACCUAAUUCUAGGAACUUGAUGAGUGAUUUCCUUUUGCUGCUGUGCGUGUCACAGCAGUGGAAGGUGUUUGCAGAUGAAAAGAAAGAAGAAUGGAUUCAGCUGGCUGGAGAGAAUCGAGAUGGACCUGAUAAACUGAAAGAAAAAGGAGGAAAUCCAGUGCCAAAUUUUGUCAAUUGCAGAUCUUACUUGGACAUGCUCAAAGUGGUGGUGUUCCGUUAUCAGUUCUGGUUUGUGCUGGCAGUGAUCUUUAUUACUGGAGCUACUCGGAUCAGCAUGUUUGGCUUGGGGUACCUGCUGGCUUGCUUUUACCUAUUGCUGUUUGGGAAUUCUCUCCUGCAGAAGCCAGUGAGGACUAAACUUCUUUGGUGGGACAGCCUUAUUCUUUUUAAUGUCACUGUCGUCAUCUCAAAGAAUGUGCUAUCACUUCUUGCCUGUGUAUUUGUGGAACAGAUGCAGACCUCAUAUUGCUGGGCCAUCCAGUUGUUCAGUUUGGUAUGCACAGUAAAAGGAUACUACAGUCCAAUUGAUUUAAAUAGAAACAAGGAGUGUCUGCUGCCUGUGGAAGAAGCAGGAAUCAUCUGGGAUAGCAUCUGUUUCUUCUUCCUGCUUCUUCAGCGGAGAGUCUUCCUUAGCUACUACUUCCUACAUGUUGUUGCUGAUCUAAAGGCAUCAUCCCUCCAAGCUUCAAGGGGAUUUGAAUUGUUUAAGGCAAGCAAUGUGAAGGACAUGCAGUAUCGCAAAGAGGAAGAGAAGAAAUCUUUAGAACAACUGAAACGACAAAUGAAACAGAUACGAGCAAAGCAGCAGAAGUACCAUGAUGGAAGGCUCGAUUCUAAAGGAGCAGAAGAGGAGGAACCAAUAGAGAAGGGUGAGCAGAAAAGGACUCCACAGACGAAAAAGACAUGGUGGCGUCCAUGGUUAGACCAUGCCACAGUGAUUCAUGCAGGUGAAUACUAUCUGUUUGAGUCGGACUCCGAAGAAGAAGCGGAGACUCUAGCUGAGGAGCAGAAGACACCAAGGCAAAGUGCCUUCCAGCUUGCAUAUGAGGCCUGGGUAACAAAUGCAAAGUCUGCACUACGCCAGAGACGGGAGCAUCAAAAGCAGCUGCAGAAGAUAGCCAAGGAUCAACAGAAAACAGAGGAGGAGCAGCAUUUACUAGGUGAGGGAGAAAGCAAAGAAUCCUUGGAAGUGCUCUCCGAUGAAGCAGAACAUGAACCAGAAAAAAACAAUGUUGUGCAGCGAAUUCUGGACAUCCUCAAGUUCUUAUUUGUCUUGUUUCUGGCCAUGGUGGAUGGACUUACACAGUGGCUCAAUGCCCUUACAAAACAUUAUGUUGAUACCUCUGCUGUUCUUUGGAUAGAACGAUAUGUACUGACACAAACAAUUUCUCAGGGACAGAAACUACACAGAGGGAUCCUGGAUGACCUUUACAGCAAGGACAGUCCUACAGCAGAACUUCCAUCUGAAGCUACUGCAUUGGAUGAGUCUGGCAUGGACAAAGGAGCCCCAUCACAAACCAGCAUAACAUCAAGUGAUGGUGAAGAGCCAUUUAGCAACACAGAACCGACCACCUCUCUGACCACAGGUUAUGACUCGCACACCAACAGUGAAGAACACAUCAUGGACCUUCAGUGUGAUGAGGAAGUAGAGUUUGAUAAGGAGUCAUUGCAGCAGCUGGCUCACCCUACAAACAGCACCAGGACAGCCAGUGAGCUGCUAGCAAGCAGAAUUGUCUUCGUUGAUGAACUGGAAGAGUCGGAGAAGUUUUAUCAGAACCAGAACCGCUUCCUCAAGUUGCUGUUUGCUGUCUAUCACCUGGUAGCUGCACAUUCGGAUCUAGUGUGCUAUUUCAUCAUUGUUCUCAACAACAUGGUGACAGCUUCGGUAAUUUCUGUGGUCCUCCCAAUCCUCAUCUUUCUUUGGGCCAUGCUUUCCAUUCCCCGUCCAAGUAAACGUUUCUGGAUGACCGCCAUUGUCUACACAGAGGUGAUGAUUAUCUUGAAGUACCUCUUUCAGUUUGGAUUUUUUCCUUGGAAUAGCAGUGUUAUGUCCAUCACAAAUGAUGGAAAACCCUACUUCCCACCUCGUAUUCUGGGAUUGGAAAAGAUGGACAACUACAUCAAAUAUGACCUGAUUCAGCUGAUGAUUCUGUUUUUCCAUCGCUCUCUUCUCCGGAGAUAUGGUUUAUGGGAUGAUGAGGAAGAUAUUGCAAAGAAAAAGAAGAAGCAAGAAAAGGCAAAGAUGAAAGCUUUGGAAAGAGAGGAGACUUCUUAUCCAGAAGCAGCCAAAGACAAUACUGAAGGAGAUAUGGCACAUGAAACUGACCUUUUAAUGCAGGAUGCCGCUGUCACAUCAGCUUCUGAAACGAAAGGAGUACGCCAAAGGUUCAGAAGAAAGAAAAAGGAUGCUGGAGCCCCUGCCUCUGAUAAAUCAGUGAAAAAUGAAAAUCGAAAAGAAAGAGCUACAAAGCAGCUGAAAGCUAUACAAGAAAAGACAAAGAGCAUUUUUCUGACUGUGUUUCAGAAUGUUUACCGGCCAAUCCAUCGCUUCUUCCAAGAUAUGCUGAACACAAAAAACAGAGCUGCCACUGAUGUUUAUGCACCAAUGUUCUUAGCCGAUGUGGUAGACUUUGUUAUCAUCGUUUUUGGGUUUUGGGCUUUUGGGAAAUAUUCAGCUGCUACAGAUAUUGCAUCCAGUUUGUCAGAAAACCAAGUUCCAGAAGCCUUUCUGGUAAUGCUGCUAAUCCAGUUUUCCACCAUGGUGAUUGACCGAGCUCUUUAUCUCCACAAAACUGUAUUUGGCAAACUCGUCUUUCAGGUCAUCCUUGUUAUUGGAAUCCAUAUCUGGAUGUUUUUCAUUCUGCCAGCAGUCACUGAGAGGAUGUUUAGUCGGAAUACAGUAGCCCAACUUUGGUAUUUUGUAAAAUGCAUCUACUUUGCUUUGUCUGCCUAUCAGAUCCGCUGUGGCUAUCCAACACGAGUUCUGGGCAACUUUCUGACCAAAAAGUACAACCACUUAAAUCUCUUCUUGUUUCAGGGAUUUCGCCUGGUGCCUUUCCUAGUGGAGCUACGUGCUGUGAUGGACUGGGUUUGUACAGAUACCACCCUCUCUCUCUCCAAUUGGAUGUGUGUGGAAGAUAUCUAUGCCAAUAUCUUCAUAAUCAAGUGCAGCCGGGAGACUGAGAAGAAAUACCCACAACCUAAGGGUCAGAAGAAGAAGAAAAUUGUUAAAUAUGGCAUGGGUGGCCUCAUCAUCCUGUUCCUUGUGGGCAUCAUAUGGUUUCCUCUUCUCUUCAUGUCAUUAGUGCGGUCAGUGGUUGGUGUUGUGAAUCACCCAAUUGAUGUUACUGUUUCUCUCAAGUUAGGAGGCUAUGAGCCCCUCUUCACCAUGAGUGCACAACAACAGUCGAUUAAACCCUUCACUGAAACAGAUUAUGAGAAACUGACAAAAGAGUUUCAGACUAAUCCUAGUGCAAUGCAAUUCAUUACACUAUACAGUUAUGAGGACAUUGCUAUUGCUGAGAUAGAAGGAAGCUCUGGAUCACUAUGGAGUAUCAGUCCACCCAGUCGAGAGCAGAUGAUAAAGGAGUUAAAGAACAGCACAGCUAACAUGACACUUCGUUUCACUUGGAAGUUUCAGAGAAAUUUGGCUUUAGGAGGAACUGUGGAAUAUACCUCUGAGAAGUACAACAUUGAGUUGGAAGCAGGAGACAGUGCACGCACAGGGCUGGCAGACCUUCUGUUGGGAACCUACAAAGGCAGUGUAGUGAUACCACAUCUGUUUCCAAAAUACAUUCGUGCACCUAAUGCAGCUGAAGCCAAUCCCAUCAACCCACUACACCCAGAAAAUGAGAAGAGCUACCUGAGUGUUACAGCUGACCUUAUGAGAAAAAAUACUGGAGAAGGAAAUACAACCAGUGGCGUCAUUCUGGAGUGGUGGGUCAUGAAGGUAAACGGUUGCCAAGCUGAAGAAUGUAACAUACUGCCAAUGGUUAUCUUUAGUGACAAAGUUAGCCCACCAAGCCUUGGAUUCCUGGCUGGUUAUGGGAUCAUGGGUCUGUAUGUGUCAAUUGUGCUGGUAAUUGGGAAGUUUGUGCGUGGUUUCUUCAGUGAAAUAUCCCAUUCCAUCAUGUUUGAGGAGCUGCCAUGUGUUGACCGUAUCCUGAAGCUGUGCAAAGACAUCUUCCUAGUACGUGAGAGGGGCGAACUGGAGUUGGAGGAAGAACUUUAUGCCAAACUGAUCUUCUUGUACCGAUCACCUGAGACCAUGAUAAAGUGGACAAGAGAAAAGGAGUAGCCAGAAGCUAAGUGGGAAGCAUUUGUUUCUCAGGCUGGCAGAGGCUAGAUGCCACUAUUUGAGAAGAAUUGGAGACUUUUACCUCGGACCCUACAAAUGUGCUGAAGAUGUAACAAUUAUUGCUAAGGAGAUUUAAUUAUGAUAAAUAUUACGUCUGUAUUUAGAACAAAUUAAGUUACUGUUAGCUAGGACUUCAGUAGUAGCCAGGAGCUACAGACAGUCCUGGUGUUCUGGUGCAGGUUUCAUGCUCUUAUCUGUAUGACAGUUACAUUUUUUUACUGACCCGUUGUGGGGUGUUCUUAUAACGAGUUGAAAUCUCACUAGUAUCAUUCAUAUGUUGGACAGAUUCUGUUGGACGGUGCAAAGCAGCUUUACAUUUUAGGUUGCAUUUUUUAUAACUGUAUGUUUCUGCAACCUAGUUUUUAUUUUUUUCUAUUUUUUUAUUGACAGUGAAAGUGGUGUGGUGUAUUUUUCAGUGAAACACACCGAUCUCUGUGACAAGUCUCAUCCAGUAGACCCUUAAUAUUCAUUUUGAACAUUUCUGCAAAAGGCCGAUCUUUUAAAGCAGUGUUCAACGUGGGCAGUCAUACCAAGUGCAUCCCUUUGCCAUCAAUAAGGGAAUACACUUUGGGAUGUUUUGCCAAAUUCCUGUCAUUUAUUUUCAGUCAUUUCUCAUAUUCAGAUCUGGUACAGAUAUAUAUUUUUUUUGCAUUAUCCUGUUUAGUAGUUAUCCAGAAUUAUUUCUGUAGAAAAAUAUUUGCUACUCUUCAGAAAGUAUAGUUGUGUUAGGGAAAACUUGCCCAAGACAGACACCUUGUGCCUGUCCUAAUAACAUCACUGAGGCCUUCAUCUUCAUUGUCUAAAGUCUCUGUCCCCCAAACCUGGCCUUCACUGUGCCAGUCAAAGUUCUUGGCUCUUGUAUUGUAGUAAACCAGAUGGCAGAACAUCAGUUAAAGGUAAUCUGGUUUCUUUACCUAGGGCUUCAGGUCAGUGUGCUCUUCUGUUAGUCAUUCACUAUGAAUAUUUGACCCUGUGUUUCUGUGAAGGUUAUAAGUUGUUGUCUUCUAUAUUCAGAGUUUCAGUGAUGUCUUCAUCGAUAAACACUUCCCCCAACUGAUGUCUAACAAAUUGAUGUCUAUGUCCCAAGCUUGCCCGAGCUUCCAGAGAUAAUCUUAACUGGGCACCUAUCACAGAGGAAGGUGGUUUACAUGGAGACAUUUCCAGUGCUGCUAGGUUCAUCUGAUUAAAAUGUUCCUAUGAAGAGGUAUCUAAAGAGAAUGAAGGAUAGAGAGGGCUUUAGCAGUUUUGUUCCAUCAUGAAACCUUCUUUAGAGUUCCAGUCCUCAGGGAAUGUCCUUUUCCACAGCCAGAUAACUUCCCCCUUGACUUGCUCAAGUCUGCAGGUGUAUUUGAUGGAGUUUACAGACUUUGUGCAUGAUAAAGGUCUAAGCAGACUGCUUCAUUGUUUAGGCCUGACUGAACUUCAUUCUAGGGUAGUCAUUGCCAUGCUUAAAAUCUUCAAGAGAACCUAGAUGAUUGGCUGGAAGACAGAAGAAAGAGUGAUUUUCUCAAAUCAGACAAGAAGCACAUUUCUCCACUGGUUUCUGCUUUUUGGCCAGACACGUUUUGAUCAUUUCAGCAAUUCCAGCAGUGGCCUAGGAGAAGCAAAAGUGUGAACUUCUUAAAAGGGAAUCCAGGAAGGUUGUUUACUAUGGGAAGAAGGUUUGCUGUGCUUUUACAAUGGGGGAGAUAAAUUCAGCAAAUCUACAAGGCCAAAUGACCAGGUACAUCUCCCUUAUUCUUAAAUACUUCAAAACUUUGUCUGAAUUUCUGAGGAGAGUUACAUUAAGUACACACUAUUCAAAGCCUUGUCACACCCGUUAGCUGUAUCAGUGCUGUCUGCAGUGUGAUGGAUGAUUAGGCUUGCUUUGCUGUUAUGCAACUUUUACUGUUGAUAGUUGGUACCUUUUCUUCAUUUUAGAGCAAAGGUUUUUUUCUAGGAUUCUCUGUCUUAGAGUUAGAUAUUCUUGUUAAAGUUGAGGCAAGUCUUUUUUUUUUUUUUGAGAUUGUAGGAAAAGGAUAAAGCAUUAAGCUUUAAAAAUGCCAUUUGUAAAGGCUUCUUUACCAAAACGCUACAAGAGCAUACGGAUAAGCUGAUACUGAAGGGUCUUCUUCCUACAGCGGAAAAAAGAUCAACAAGAAAGAGUCUAAGAAAGAGGAUAAGAAGUUAGAGGAGGCAAGGCCCAGUUGUAGGCUGCCUUCUCUUAAAAUUCCCCAGGUCAGAGGACCCUCCGGUCAAAAUUGUUCAGGUUUCCCUUUCCAACCUUAAGACUUUUCCAUUAGUGUGGGGUGUGACACCCAUUUGGAGGUGGAUGUCAUGCUGGACUGCUCCCUGAGAUGGAGACUCAACAGUUUUUCCUCAGAGAAUGAGUUGUCUAAAUAUCUGGGUUCCCAUCCUCCUGCUCUGUUACUAAGGUCAACCAGGGUCAAGUUGAAGUGUUUUACAUAUAUAUUUAUAUACUGGGACUAGAUGAUGCAAGUUAUGGUCAAGCUCAGCUUGAGCUGUUUGACCUCUCAUCACUCUCUGUAUCGAGGUGGACAGGAAGGACCAAUCCAAUCCACUUCGCAUGCUCCUUCUGUAGGCCUAGUUUUGGAGCCAGAAGUUUCAGAGUGGAAAGUAUUAUUGAUGUCUUCUGUUUCAGCUCUGAGUGGUUUUAUAUACAUUGGUACUAGUCCCUUUGGUCCCAGCAGUCUCAUCACUGAUUUCAUGUAGAGAACGACUGAGCACCUUGGGCUUGACAUUGAGACUUUGGUGCCAGAAGCAGCUGCGAUAUCCUGAGGAUCAUUCUCUGUUGGAGUCUCUGGCAUUUGACCCACUGAAACUACACUUGGAACUGGUUGUAUUGGUACCAAGUGUCAUCAGGUCCAUACCUAUGGUGCUGACAGGGUUUACAUUAGUAUGUGGUACAGCACCCAUGACCUUAAUAGUGAUGGGCUUUCAUGUCUGCUUUCCAGCCCUUGGAGUGGAUCACUGGGCAGCAGCCCACUAUGUUCAUGGUUACUGGAGGUGUGCCCUCUACCUGGGCUUUACCUUGUUGCUUCCUUUACCUCAGAACCUUGUACCUGGAAUCCAUGUCCCAGAGAAAGAGUUCCAAAAGGCCCAUGUAGACCCAACUUGUCAGGUGAAGACUUUUUUGCCAAACACUUAGACAUUUCCACUCUGACUGUUCUUAGGAGGAGUAGGUGCAAAAGGAGGCUAAUGGCUCCUCCAUCAGAGUCCCCUACCCCACAUAUGAAUCUCAGUAAGGGAAAGGGUUUCUAGAAUCCGCUCAAGAGAAUUCCAGAUUUGGGGAAUCAUAGUCUUGAUGAGGCAGAGAGAAUGUUGGACCAUAGACUCCUGUCCCUUGUUGAGGUGUUCAUACAGAAGGUCUUUUGGAUGACCCCUCCCAUAUCUUGGAUGGUCCUUCCAGUAAAUUGCAAGGUAGAAUUGGUCAUGUCAAAGGCUUAGCAGGAACUGGAUAUGGCUGAGCCUGUAACCAAGACACUGGGUAAGAUCCUCUAGCCCCUCAAUAAUAGACUUCAUUGGAGUAGACCCCCCCCCCCCCACC